AUGGCGGAGCGCGGUCAGCUCCCUCCCCCAGCUAAGCGCCUCUGCUGCAGACCUGGCUACGGUUCGGGGUGCAGGCCGGGCCAGCGGGUGGGCGGCGGCGGACCCGGUAGCGGGGUGCUCUGUGCCGGACCCUCUUCCGCGGCCGCCGCCGCUGCCGCCCUGGGGCUGCUGCCGCUCGGCAAGACUCAGAGCCCCGAGUCCCUGCUGGACAUCGCGGCUCGCAAGGUGGCGGAGAAGUGGCCCUUCCAGCGGGUGGAGGAGCGGUUCGAGCGGAUCCCGGAGCCGGUGCAGCGCAGGAUCGUGUACUGGUCUUUCCCCCGUAGCGAGAGGGAGAUCUGCAUGUACUCCUCCUUCAACACCGGCGCCGAGGACCCCGCCGCCCCCGGGGGGGCCGCUGCCAGCACCGCGCCCGGCGGGGCCGCGGACGCCGCCGCUGACGAGAACCGCCUGCCCUUCCGUAGGGGCAUCGCUCUGCUCGACGGCGGCUGCGUCGAUAACGUCCUGCAAGUCGGUUUCCACUUGAGCGGCACGGUGACAGAUCCUGCAAUGCAAUCGGAACCAGAAACUGUUUGCAAGGUAGCUAUCAGCUUUGAUCGUUGCAAGAUUACCUCAGUGACCUGUAGCUGUGGAAACAAGGACAUAUUUUACUGUGCCCAUGUUGUCGCACUCUCUUUAUACCGGAUCCGCAAGCCAGAUCAGGUCAAACUGCAUCUUCCCAUUUCAGAGACCCUCUUUCAAAUGAACAGAGACCAACUACAAAAGUUUGUACAGUAUUUGAUCACAAUGCACCACACAGAAGUUUUGCCAACCGCUCAGAAAUUAGCAGAUGAAAUUCUUUCUCAGAAUUCAGAAAUCAAUCAAGUCCAUGGUGCUCCUGACCCAACAGCAGGUGCUAGCAUAGAUGAUGAAAACUGUUGGCACUUGGAUGAAGAACAAGUCCAGGAGCAAGUUAAACUCUUCCUCUCCCAGGGUGGAUACCAUGGAUCAGGGAAGCAGCUCAAUUUGCUUUUUGCAAAGGUGCGAGAGAUGUUAAAGAUGAGAGACUCUAAUGGCGCUCGCAUGUUGACAUUGAUAACGGAACAGUUCAUGGCUGACCCUCGUCUGUCGCUUUGGAGGCAACAAGGCACUGCAAUGACUGACAAGUAUAGGCAACUCUGGGAUGAACUGGGUGCUCUUUGGAUGUGUAUAGUCUUAAAUCCUCACUGCAAGUUGGAGCAGAAGGCCAGUUGGCUAAAACAGCUGAAAAAAUGGAACAGUGUGGAUGUUUGUCCCUGGGAAGAUGGAAACCAUGGAAACGAGCUGCCCAAUUUAACCAAUGCUUUGCCUCAGGGUGCAAAUGCUAACCAAGAUUCAUCAAACAGACCGCAUCGGACGGUGUUCACUCGAGCUAUCGAGGCAUGCGAUCUCCACUGGCAGGACAGCCACUUACAGCACAUUAUCAGCAGUGACUUAUACACCAACUACUGUUACCAUGACGACACUGAAAACUCACUCUUUGACUCUCACGGGUGGCCCCUCUGGCAUGAACAUGUUCCUACAGCCUGUGCAAGGGUUGACGCAUUACGAUCUCAUGGAUACCCAAGAGAAGCACUGAGGCUAGCAAUAGCUAUUGUUAACACACUAAGAAGACAGCAGCAGAAACAGCUGGACAUGUUCCGGGCUCAGAAGAAAGAACUUCUCCACAAAGGAGUAACCUCAAUAACUAAUCUUGAAGGCUGGGUGGGGCACCCAUUGGAUCCAGUUGGCACUCUCUUCAGUAGCCUUAUGGAAGCCUGCAGGGUGGAUGAUGAAAGCUUCCAUGGCUUCUCAGACUUCACAGAGAACAUGGGGCAGUGCAAAUCUCUGGAGUACCAGCACCUGCCUUCACACAAAUUCUUAGAAGAAGGGGAAUCUUACCUAACACUGGCUGUGGAAGUAGCAUUGAUAGGUCUGGGGCAGCAGCGAAUAAUGCCAGAUGGCUUGUAUGCACAAGAGAAGGUUUGUCGAAAUGAGGAGCAGCUCAUUUCUAAGCUACAGGAAAUUGAAUUGGAUGAUACACUGGUGAAGAUCUUUCGAAAGCAAGCAGUCUUCCUAUUAGAAGCUGGACCGUAUAGUGGUUUAGGCGAAAUCAUCCAUCGAGAGAGUGUUCCAAUGCACACAUUUGCCAAGUAUCUCUUCACCUCUCUCCUACCUCAUGAUGCUGAAUUGGCAUACAAAACUGCACUGAGAGCCAUGCGGUUGCUAGUAUUGGAAUCUACAGCUCCAUCAGGAGAUAUGUCCCGCCCACACCACAUUGCAUCAGUUGUUCCAAACCGCUAUCCCCGUUGGUUCACGCUAAGUCACAUUGAGUCCCAGCAGUGUGAGUUGGCAUCAACUAUGCUAACAGCAGCCAAAGGUGAUGUUCGGAGGCUGGAAACAGUGUUAGAAUCCAUCCAGAAAAAUAUUCACUCCUCAUCACACAUCUUCAAGCUUGCCCAGGAUGCAUUUAAAAUAGCAACACUCAUGGACAGUUUGCCAGACAUCACUCUUUUGAAAGUUUCUUUGGAGUUAGGCCUUCAGGUGAUGCGGAUGACAUUGUCAACAUUGAAUUGGCGGCGGCGGGAGAUGGUGAGAUGGUUGGUAACCUGUGCAACAGAAGUAGGCGUUUAUGCACUGGAUAGCAUCAUGCAGAACUGGUUUACACUUUUCACUCCAACUGAGGCCACUAGUAUUGUUGCUACAACAGUGAUGUCCAACAGCACCAUUGUCCGUCUGCAUCUGGACUGCCAUCAGCAGGAGAAACUGGCCAGCAGUGCUAGGACGCUUGCUCUACAGUGUGCCAUGAAGGAUCCUCAAAACUGUGCCCUCUCUGCACUGACCUUAUGUGAAAAGGAUCACAUAGCUUUUGAGACCGCUUACCAAAUUGUUCUAGAUGCUGCUACAAAAGGCAUGAGCUAUACGCAGCUUUUUACUAUAGCACGCUAUAUGGAACAUCGUGGUUACCCUAUGCGGGCCUACAAGCUGGCCACUUUGGCCAUGAACCAUCUCAACCUGAGUUACAAUCAGGACACACACCCUGCCAUUAAUGACGUUUUGUGGGCAUGUGCACUCAGCCACUCCCUUGGGAAAAAUGAGCUUGCAGCUAUAAUACCUCUGGUGGUCAAAAGUGUCAAAUGUGCAACAGUACUGUCAGACAUUUUGCGUAGGUGUACUUUGACCACGCCGGGAAUGGUGGGACUUCAUGGAAGGAGGAACUCUGGUAAGCUCAUGUCACUGGACAAAGCCCCUUUAAGGCAACUCCUGGAUGCCACGAUUGGAGCCUACAUUAAUACAACACAUUCGCGACUCACACACAUCAGCCCUCGACACUAUAGUGAGUUUAUAGAGUUCCUUAGUAAGGCCCGAGAGACUUUCUUAAUGGCUCAUGAUGGACACAUUCAGUUUACACAGUUUAUUGACAACCUAAAACAAAUAUACAAAGGCAAAAAGAAACUGAUGAUGUUGGUUCGUGAACGGUUUGGUUGACAAAAAUGUGUGAGGGCGGGGGGAGGGUAGGGGAGGGGUGGUUUGUUUUUACUUGAGCCUGCCUUUGUAUCCUUUUUAACUUAAAGAAACAGAGCCACACCGGUAUUAUAUGUGUAUAGUUAUAUUGAGUUUGCAAACUAAAUUGUCAUGUUGUGAAAGUUUGUGUGUUUAUUUUUUUCCUUUUUUUUUCUUUUUCUUUUUCUAUUUUGUAUGAGAGAGAGGUUAAAAAAAGGUUUGGUUUACACUGAGUAUAUGUUGUCAAGUGGCAAAAGCCCACAUUGCUCUCCUGUUCUUUCUGUAUACGUUCACAGCCUCAAAAACAAAAAUAUAUAUUGCAAUGGCUUUAAAAACCAAACCAAACACCUCCAUCCUGUGAUAAGUACCUCGAAUGGAUCCAGCUUUACUCCUUUGUAACUCAUCCUUACAUUUCAACAUAGUUAAACAAACCAACAAAUGAAAUAGUAAUAGUUAAAAGGCUGACCACGUGGCUUUGCAGUGCUGUUCAUCCAGAAGCAUGGCACACAAUGCUUGUGCAUGUGGAAACUUAGCGACUGUCAACAUACAUUCUCAGGGAUUUAUCAAAAAAAAAUUAAAAAAGAGAAUGAGAGCAUUUAUUGUACUGUAUAUAUAUUAUAGUAUAUGUCUGAAUAUUGAAAAAAUAUAACAUUAACUAAUUUAUAAAAAAAAAAUUCUAUGUAAUGCAAAAUACUUGAAGCUGCAGUAGCUUGGUUUUAAA